CAAACAACAACAACAAUACUUUGGCCCCGGCUAGCCCGCCUCGGCGUCCCCCACAGCCUGCACACCGGCGUUUACACCCGACAGGAGUGAAAAACCGACUCCUCUACCGCCCCAAAGUCACACGUUCUACUUUUUUUGUCGUCAGUUUUGACUCCUCAGAGGGUUGAGGCUGUCCCGGGGCUACUGCUGCUCGGUUGUAGCCCGGGCGCGGCUAACCCCGAUCGAAGCUAACCGAGGCUAACCCUCCGGGAAGCUCCUCCACUCGGCUUCUAGCGACGUCCUCCUCCUCCUGCCCGCCUGCGCGCUCGGUGCUCGGAGGAGCCGAGCCUCCCCCGUCAGGAGGAGGUUUCCGCAGGCACUGGGGUGGUGGUGGUGGAGGUAUGACUGCGUUGGCGGGGUCAAUACCCAGGAUGAUGCGACCCACGCUGGCUCAGAACUACCCCCGCAGUGGCUUCCCGCUGGAAGUGUCCACCCCGCUGGGUCAAGGCCGAGUCAACCAGCUCGGAGGAGUUUUCAUAAAUGGCAGACCUUUGCCCAACCACAUCCGACACAAGAUCGUGGAGAUGGCCCACCACGGCAUCAGGCCGUGCGUCAUCUCCAGACAGCUGCGGGUCUCCCACGGCUGCGUGUCCAAAAUCCUGUGCCGGUACCAGGAGACGGGCUCCAUCAGACCCGGAGCCAUCGGAGGCAGCAAACCCAAGCAGGGAACAACGCCGGACGUAGAGAGGAGAAUAGAAGAAUACAAGCGGGAAAACCCGGGUAUGUUUAGCUGGGAGAUUCGGGAUAAAUUACUGAAGGAUGGGAUAUGUGACCGCAACAACGUUCCUUCAGUGAGCUCCAUCAGUCGCAUCAUGCGGAGUAAGUUCGGAGGAAAAGGCGACGAAGAGGAGGAUGAAGAUGAAAUGGACAAGAAAGAGUUGGAGGACAGCGAGCGGAGAGCCAAACACAGCAUCGAGGGCAUCUUAGGAGACAGAUCGAGUCACUCAGACGAGGGUUCGGACGUGGAGUCAGAGCCCGACCUGCCGCUGAAGAGGAAGCAGCGCCGCAGUCGGACCACCUUCACCGCCGAGCAGCUGGAGGAGCUGGAGCGGGCCUUUGAGAGAACGCACUACCCGGACAUCUACACCAGGGAGGAGCUUGCUCAGAGGGCCAAGCUCACCGAGGCCAGGGUGCAGGUGUGGUUCAGCAACAGGCGAGCGAGGUGGAGGAAGCAAGCUGGAGCCAAUCAACUGAUGGCGUUUAAUCAUCUGAUCCCAGGGGGCUUCCCACCCUCCGCCAUGUCCAGCAUCCCGCCCUACCAGCUCUCUGACAGCUCCUACCCCCCCUCAUCUAUAGCACAAGUGUCAGAGCCUCCCAGCACGGUGCACCGUCCCCAGCCUCUGCCUCCCUCCUCGGGCCACCAGGCCUCCGGCGGUGGAGGACAAGGAGAAGGAGGCUCUGCCUACUGCCUCGCCUCCGGACGCCACUCCUUCUCGGGCUACUCAGACAGCUUUGUGGGCCCUGGAGGACCAACCAAUCCCAUGAACCCCGCCAUAGGGAACGGGCUUUCACCACAGGUGAUGGGUCUGCUAAACCCAGGCGGCGUGCCACACCAGCCCCAAAGCGACUACGCCAUCUCCCCUCUGACGGGCGGCCUCGAGCCCCCCGCCGGCAUGGCCGCCAGCUGCAGCCAGCGCAUGGAUCACAUCAAGGGCCUGGAGGGUCUCACCAGCGUCCCCUCCAUGUCGGCUCUGCCCUCCCUGCCCAGCUCCCAGUCCUACUGCCCCCCGUCCUACAGCUCACCGGGCUACACCGUGGACCACGUGGCGUCCUACCAGUACGGCCAGUACGGACAAAGUAAGGUGCCCUUCCUUAUCUGAGGCCUGAAAUCACCUGAUGAGCAGCGUGGAGCAGCGAGGGACGGGCGGUAGUGUGUACAGCAACAGAAACCUUUUAAUACCGGGACCAAAAUCUCCUACUAUUUACCAGGACACCUUCUCUUCUUCAGGACAUUAUUAUUCGCGGCGGCGGAAGAAAUGGACGAGAAAAAUAAAAAAAAUAAAGGGACCACAAGGAGGAAUAUGAAGCAGGAGCUGCUGACUGAUGGUUGCUGUGUCAGUAUUGUAAAUGAACGGUGGAGAUUCCAGCGCUUAACGUGGUCGCUCCGUGGGACCAUCUACCGGGCCACGAAGAGCCACUUUCCACGGGCGGCGACCCACCGCCACGUCUGCCUGUGGCGUCUUUGUAAGGAACCCAGAUCUAUCGCUGCAGACUACCUGUGGGCCGACGCUCGGAGGAGCAUGUUUACAUAUCUUAGCGCCGCGAGAGCGCCUAUAAAAUUCCAUGUAUCUCCAAAUUAAUCCCCAAAUUGUAGGGGAGGGGGGAAAGAAAAGGGCUGUGUUGAUUUUUAUUGCAUUUAUUUGAGACCUCUGCGUCCCACACAUGGAGAGGAAUUCCAGAGAGAAGGAAAACAAACGCCGGCUAACGAAUCUGUGGGUUUUUAUUGUAUCUGAAGCGCUAAUGUACACCACAGCUGUACUGCAGAGAAAGUUCAUUCAAACAUUCCUCCUCCCCCUCCGCCUCCCCCCUCGCCUCUCGCCUUUCUGUCCUUCUGUCUCGCUGAUGUUUCGGACGGCGAGGCAGAGAUCCCGGCCUUUUGUAGUUUUAGAGGGGUACUCGGAGGAGGUCAGGGGGUGACUUUAGGGAAAGUGACAGAUGAGAGAGCAGCAGAGGAGGGCGGCGGAGACGUGGCUUUAAAGGAGGCCGGGCGACGGGUGGAGGGGGGGGACAGGCAAGAUCGAUCACAGGGUUAAAAAAACCCUUUAAAGAUCCUCUCCCGGCGAGAGAAAGCCACCGGGUCACAAGUCACGACCAAGAGACACUUGAGAAAGCGAGAGAGCUCAGACUAAAGACAGCCAUUCUCCCAGCUGACCAGAAGUGCAAUAUCAUGUAUCUCAGAGUCAACCUCACCGUGAACACACACACACAGGAAAAUCAAAUGUGCCUCUUGAAGUCUUACGAAACACUUUGGAUUCAUUCCCUGGGUCGAGUGCUUUGUAAAGGAACAACACAUGUGCCUUUGAAGGCGUUUGGGUCCAAAACAAAUAGGAAACAUCGUUAAUAUUGCUGUGAGCGAGCGAAUCCAUACGAUGCCAGUGUGAAGAGAGAAAUGAAGGAAUGACGAAGCCAAAACUGUAUUUUUUAUUACUACUUUGUGUUGCUUGGGACCUUUUAUGUUAGUUCCACUUUUGCAAAAGCAGAAUUAGGUCUCUGAUGCAUUCCGGACAUAUUUAUUGUCACAUGUGUGUGUCCACAGAUUGAAAAGCCUUUUUCCACGUUGUAGAAAACUGCCUUAUCCGUCAAACCAUGAAUAGCCGAGUGACUCCAGAAGCACUCGUGUUCUGUCCGUCUGUCUGUCUUAGAAUGAACCAGUCCUUUCAUUCCUUUGAUAUAUUUUUUUUGUAUUAUCUGACAAAGCGAUAUGACAUCACGUCAUGUGUACGAGCGCAUUAUCACUACUAUUUAUAAUAAAAAUGAAACUUCUGAAAAUA